AUGGCUCCGACCGAUGCCGCGCUGAGUCCUGACUCGAUUCUCAAUUACGUCUCUAAGAGCCUACCUCCCGUCUCAGAAGACGAACCCCAGAUUCUAAAAGAUCCAUUUUCUGCAAUCGGCGUCUUCUGCCAUGCCUGCAUGCUUGGCGUAGGCUUCAAGUUAGUAGGCUUGGGUGAGGAUCACAGAAUCGAAGCGCAGUCAGAUCCACAAGACGCCAGCCCACUACCAUCGAUAUGGAAUGCCGCACCUACUUAUGCUUUCCGCUAUACCCAUCCCCAGUCAUCUAUGGAGUUCCUCUUGAAAGUCAACCGCCUAGGAGGUAAGGCUCUUGUUCACGGUAUUGCCUUGGGCGACGACAAAACCGCCUCAUUCGAGGUCAAAGCCUCUGAUUUUGUGUCAGAGGGCUCGCUAAAGGAGGAGAAACCAGGCUCAGACCAGAUACCUGCUCUCCGAAAUAUAUUCAUAUCCAACGGUCGCGUUGCUGAUCUGGCCGCGUUGGUCAAAUCCAACAUCAUUCAGAAACUUGCACCAGGCAUCCACAAGUCUGGCUAUGAAGACAGCCAGUCCGCGUCCGAGCGUCCGACACGGGCUGAGGAACCCAGGAGACCAGAUUACGAUCCUCUCAGAGACGACCAGCCUCGACCAGCUCGGCCAUAUCCAUUCGACGACCCCCUUGCAGCUGCUCCACGCAGGCCAGUCCCAGCUGGAGAUUUUCCUCCUCCGGGCUUCGAAGAUGAGUACGAGAUCAACCGACCUCCUAGGGGCAUGUUAGGUGGCAAUCAACCAUUCGGAAACAUUGGCGAGCGAGACUUGUAUCCUCCAGGUUUGGGACCCCACGACCCUCUGCGCAUCGGACCUGGCGGUGGAGGCUUCCAUGGUGGCGGCGGUAUGCACCCAACGUUCGAUGAUCCAUUAUUUGGUGGACAGGGUGGCGGCGGCGGCUAUGACCCUAGGGCUCCCCCAGGAGCGCGGUACGAUCCAGUUGGACCAGGCGAUGGCCCCCCGAAUCUCAGGGGCGGGCCUCGAUUCCCUGGAGGUGGCGGUGGCGGCCCUCGGAACCCAUUUGGUGGGUUUGGAGGAGGCGAUUUCAUCUAA